AUGGAGCCCGGAAGGAGCCCGACGACCCCCACCAGCCGCUGCUGCUGCGGCGGCCGCACCUCAGAGUCCCCUCCACCGAAAACGCCGACUCCCUCCCGCCCGCCCGAAGCAGCCCCCGAAAGCACUUGGCACCCGCCGCCGCUGCGCAAGCGCUCCAGCCCCGCCCUACGCCCUACUGGGCACGCAUGCGCCCUGAGGCCUGCCCCUUCACCCACGGGCUGGUCGCGCACGCGCAGAAACAUCCCGCCGUCCUAUUGGCCGGCAGCUUAUUGCACGCUUAGGAGCGGCUCCCCAGUUCACCGGCCGCUAGCCGCCGCGCAUGCGCUCUCGGCGCUCCCCGGCCCGGCUCCAGAGGAGCAGGCGCAAUUCCCCCCCUCCCGACAAGCGGCCCGGCUGCCGCGCAGGCGCAGUCGAGACCCUUUCGGGAACGUUCUGUCUCGCAACAACCUUCCUCUGCAAGGGAAAUCCUGUCAGGGUACGGGCCGCCCGCAGCCCCGGUCCUCCCCGCCCCGCCUCGCCGGCGCACGGGCCUUUCCCUGUUACCGACUCUUGCUGCAGUCCGCGCCCUUCUCCGCACAGCCCACCCCCUCUCCGACAGCCGACUGCCCGGCCCCCCGCAGUCGGUGCCCACUUUCACCGCUGUCUCCUGCUCUGCCUGCUCCUGCUUUCAGCAUGGUAAAGAAGAAUACUAUCCCCGAUGGAUGGCGGAGUUUGACACCAGUUGGACAGCCUAUACCAGGAACUAGAUUUAUUGCAUUCAAAGUACCUUUAAAAGGGGCAAUUAACCAGAGACUUACCCCAACCCAGAAAUUUACACCAAAAGACUUAAUUGCUGCAAUGAAAGCCCUAAAUGUGGAGCUUGGUUUAAUUAUCGAUUUAACGUAUACCACACGAUACUAUGAAGUUAAGGAUUUACCUAAAAGUGUGCAGUAUAAGAAACUUUAUACUGUUGGACUUGAAGUCCCUGAUAAUGCUACUAUCCUACAGUUCAAAAAAUGGGUCAGAAAAUUCCUAUGGGAAAAUGCAGGAAAUGUAAUUCCACUUUCCGAACUAUUAAAGACUGUGUUUUCCUUUUUGAUAGAGAAACUCAUUGGCGUUCACUGUACUAAUGGAAUAAAUAGAACUGGCUACCUUAUAUGUAGAUAUCUCAUAGAUGUUGAAGGCUGGGAUCCAGAGGCAGCAAUCCAAGCUUUUGGUGAUGCUAGAGGUCAUCGCAUGGAUGGUCUUGUGUAUCUCACAGAUCUCAGAACACAACCAAUGAGAAGUAACCUUGGAAUGGAUGUAUGGGAUUCAAAUGAAGAUAUUAUUCCCCCACCACAUGCAAUGGAAGGAGCUGUAGAGCGGUUCCCAAAUGAAGAUUUUCAGGGGUCUGGGAAAAGAUUAAGAAUUUAUGAUGACCACUCUCAUGAUUUGCAAGGACAGAUACAGUUGAGAGAUUUUGAUUUCAUUAACAAGGGACCUGGACAAAGACGAAGACCAUUUAGUGACCAUCAGACUCAGGAUGAUUUAAGAGCACCAGUACAGAUGAGAAAUUGGGACUACAAUAGGGGACCAGGACAGAGGCGAAGACCCUUUCCUGAUCACCAGUUUUAUGAUGAUUAUCAAGAAGACAUGCAGCUGAAGGACCUAGACUUCAGUAACAAGGGACCUGGACAAAGGUUGAGACCUUUUCAUGGACACCAGUUUCAUGAUGAUUUACAGGCAGAGAGACAAUCGAGGGACAUUGAGUUUAACAGCGGCCGUGGACAAAGGCAGAGAUCUUUUCCUGACCAUCCAUCUCACAGUGAUUUGCAAGAAGAGAGGCAGUCAAAGGAUUAUGAUUUUGGUAGCAGGGGCCGUGGCCAGAGACGAAGACCAUUCCAUGACCACCAAUCUCAUGAUGAAUUUCAGACUCAGAUGCAGUUGAAAGAGUUAGAGUGUGUCAACAAAGGCCCUGGCCAAAGACUGAGAUCUUUCCAUGACUAUCAGUCACAUGAUGACUUACAGCCACAGAUGCAAUUGGGGGAUUUUGAAUUCGUUAAUAGGGGUCGUGGGCAGAGGUUGAGACCUUUUAAUGAUCACCAGCCUCGCAAUGACUUAAAAACAGAGAUGCAACUAAAAGAUUAUGAUAAUAAAGGUCCUGGACAAAGGCGUAGACCUUUUCAUGACCAUCAGCCUUAUGAUGACUUACAGGAACAGACUCAGUUAAAAGAUUUUGAUUAUGUUAAUAAAGGGCAUGGACAAAGGCCAAGACCUUUUCAUGAUCAUCCAGGUCACGAUGAUUUGCCACAUGAAUGGUGUGCAGACAGAAGUCAAUCUUUUUCUUCCCAUGAAAAUGUACCAGAACCUCAUUUCUCCUCGUCUCCCUCACUUCACAGAGAUUAUGGGUCUGAUAAUAAUGAGUUUAACAGAAGUUAUAGUAAUCGACCUAAUUGUCCUGAAGACAAUAGGAAAAUGCAUCCCUCAGAUGAAUUUAAUAGAGCAAAAAACAGAUUUGCACCAUAUUCUUCACGAACAGUGCAUCCAUCUUCAUCUGUACACCAAGAAGAUAGUUCAAUAGACUAUGAAAGAAAACCUUUUCAAGGUGAAACUACCAGAGAGAUGGAACAAAGUAAAAGAUUACCAGUUGUAACAGUUGAUUACAAUUAUGGUCUGCCAUUGGAUUAUGGACCUGAAGAGGAAGAGAGAACACAUUAUGAUUUACCUCCAAGAGACCGCUACAACUGGAACUGAAUAAAAAGGACAAUGUUUGCUCAGCUUAGAGUUACUUUUACCCAUUUUACUUUGUACGUGGACCAAUUUUUUUUUUUUUCCAAAAAAUUAGGAAAAAGCAAAUUUCAGUAGUAGAGAACAGGUCUCUAUUGUAAGAUUCACUUCUACUGAUGUUUGGUUCUUUAAAUUUAUUGGGGUGUAUUUGUUAAGUGUAGUUGGAGACAAGGUCUCAGUACACAUGGAAUUAAAGUAGUUCUUCCUUUUAGUGAAAAUGGAACCCUGUACCUUAAAACAACCAACUUUCUGAGUGACUGUAGUUGUGUCUUUUGUUUUACAUUUCUUGAAAAUGUAUGUAAGUUCUGGAUGCAAAAGUCAUAAUAAAAUAUUGCACUAUCAGGUAGAUUAGCAUUGAGAUUAUAGAAAAAAUACU